AUGACUCGCAUUAAACAGGGUGUCUUUUCGUGGGAGGAUGUGCUAGUACAGCGGUAUCAAAGCAAUAAACCCCUUCCUCUCCUGCGGCAGCAAAUAAUACCAGUCUCCGAGCCUCAGCUCCAAAGCCAACUGCUGGCCCGGUUAUCAUCGGAGCUUCGGCUCAUGAUCUGGGAAUUCGUUUUGGCAGACCAACGAAUACACAUAAUCCAGCGCAGCAAGCAGCGACUCGGGCAUAUAGUAUGUCCAUGUCCGCUCAGCGCAGAGACAAAAUCAAGACCCUCCCCGUCGUACCACACCCGGCAAAGCAGCACGCUAUUCUGCGAGAUCUGCCACGGCACAGGCAUCUCGCAGCCAGCGAGGGAAGGAGAUCUCCUGCGCGUCAGGAAUAAGGUUAAGCUACUGGGCCUGGUGUUGACUUGUCGGCAGAUAUACCACGAAUCCAUACCUCUGCUUUAUACCCUGCCAACACUGGAGUUCAGCAACCCCUGGACCCUGCCCUACCUGCUCCCCACCAUCCCACAAGAGCACUUGGAACGCAUCCGCACCGUCGAGCUGCGCUGGUCUUUCCCGGGCCAUUGGCUACCCAGCAAAGAUUCCGUGCGCGCAGUAUACGUAUCCGCCGGCCGGGCGCAGUGGAUCGAGACGUGUCUCGCGCUGGAGCGGCUGACGUCACUGCGAUCGUUCGUGCUCGUGCUGGAGAGCAAUUGGUUCCGUGAGCCGGUUGAGAAACUAGUGGGAUUCUUGGAGCCGCUCAAGGGUAUGGUUAUUCGACCACCCGGACAGAGGCGGGAUUGGGGUCGACGACGGGGUGUGGAUUAUCAGGAAUUGGAUGGCGGGGAUGGGGACUUUGGGUUUGAAGACUCUGCUGGCAGCUUCAGCUCUGAUGAGGAAUCCUGUGGGAGUCUGGGGUCUUCACGGGGAUCUCUUUCUUCGUUUGAUGGUUGUCCAUUGUCGCCCCGCAGUGGGCUGUCGAAGAUGAGAUAUUCUGCUCCCCCUGUGGUACCCGGGUCUAUGGGUAGCUGGGAGCUCCGGCUUCAGGGACAGUCGUAUUAUUUGCGUGAACUGGACCGGAUGGGGGAUGAUCUUCGGCGGAGAGGGAUAGACUGCUGGAUAUCAGCGGUGUGA